CAUUGGCUAGAGAGCGACAGCAUCCGUAAUGGUCGACCCUUCCAUUUCGCACCUGCUUACACGUGUUGGUAUAUCUUACCUGGGAUUCGCACUGACUCGUCCCGUGCUCUGCGACUAUCUUCAUGAGGCCGGAGCGAAGCCCAAGCCCGACUAUCUCUGAAGUCUCCUGUCCUUCGAUGACUUCCUCAGUGCUCGACGCUGGAUCUAUGGCCUCUGACGAAUACAUCAAGGCGGAAAGUUUGGGAUCUCCUAAGGCUCGUUGUAACGACCGGUGGUAUAUUCGCGACGAUAAUGUCGAGUUCCUUGUGGGCGGCGAGCUCUUCAAACCACCUCGUUGGUCUUAGAGGCUCUGCUGUGUUCAGAAGACUCGUCGCUGACGCAGCUGGCGUCGACGAUACCGCACGUCCAAUCAAGCUACCUGAUCUCGUCAAGCCCGUGGACUUCGAGCGUUUCCUCGACAUUCUCUACCCUCUCGUUUUCGGACAGUACACUCUCUCAUCGCCGUCCGAGUGGAUCUCGGUUCUCCGUGUUGCGCACUAUUUUCGGUUUGAUUCUGUGAAGGCGCUGGCAAAGGACCAGCUGGUCAUCAACAUCCGUCCAAUCGACAAGAUCGUCUGCUCGCGCGAAUUCAAUCUCCCGGAAUGGCUCAAAGACGCGUGCCUGGACCUCUGUUACCGUCAAGAUUCGCUCACCGUGGAAGAAGCGAUGCUCGCUGGCCUGCCUUUCUUCACGAAGAUUGCCGCUGCUCGCGAGAGGAUUCGCUCCGAUGCCAGGUUACUUCCGCACCAUGAAGCGGUUGCCAUAAUCGAUCGUAUGUUCGCGCCGGACGAUACCACCCCAGCGGCGUCGCCCAGCAACGAUAUGGACGUGAUAACACAGCCCGCCAAGAAGGGUAGGAGAAAACUAAAAGGAAGGUCUGAGCCAGUGCCCGAGCCCGAACCUGUCGCCGAUGCACCUGUGCCUUCGCCUUCGCUCGAUCCCCUUGCAUGUGCUCCUGUGUCCGACCCCUUCACAGGCGCUCCUGUAUUACAAGCAAUCCAGUGAGGUUCGGAGUGGAAUGUGAAGUGUCGCCACUGUGGGCAGUAGGCAAUUUGAUGUCAUAGGGAUCUGUUGGGAAUGUAUCAUUUCGCGGUCAGUCGCCCUAACUCCC